AUGGACGACAUGCCACCAUCAAUCGAUGAGUGGUUCAUGAACCUCACCGGAAACCGGUCAAAAUCAAUAGUGAUAGUCGCUGCCAUCGUCUGGGCUGUGAUAUCCUUCCUUCUCGCCAGUGCGAUGGUGUGUUCGCGUGCAUGGGCCGAUGACGAACCCAAGUGUAUCAGGGUCUGCCGGCAGGAGGGCUGCUUGUUCCCGUGUUACUUUAUGCUAUAUUUCCUGUUUGUGUUUACAUUACCGGCUCUCCUGGUUGUAGGACUGGGCGGCUUCCUUGUCGUUAUGGCGUCUGGGUCUUUGUCUGUGUUACCUUAUGCAGCGGUGCAGAAAAUCGGUAUCAAGACGUGCUGUGGGGUGGAGUACCCUUGUUACAAUCUACCUGAGUUUGAGAAGGAAAAUAAGAAGGCUAAGAACAAAAGGAAGACAGAUGUCGACCUGGAGGUUGGGGGUGAGAGCGAAACCGACCGAGCUCUUUCUGUAAUUAGAGGAGAGGGAGCAGCCCCUGGGACAGGGCUUGUGAAUUCUGCACCGCAACCUCAGGUCCCCAUGUUGGCCGCACCAGAGCGAGCAGGAACGGCCGUGCCGAAGCCGUCUAGAUAUACAGCCGCAGAACAACCGAGGCCAAAUACAUACACUCAAAGACGCUCUAGGUCCCGUGGGGCGGUUCGACCAGCCAACAAUCUCGGAUCAAUACAUCAGCAGCACAGAGGGGCUCGCUUCAAAGUCGCACUUUGA